CACCCGGAAGUUUUAAAUGGAUGAUGUUGGCGAUUACAACGCGCUGAUUUUUCGUCCAAUCCGACUCUGUCUAGCUUUUACUGAGCCGGGAGAAUGAGGACGUAAACAUCUCACCAGUUACCCUCCUUCAGCAGGAAGAGUAGGUGUGCGUGACCACGGGCUUUAUAAAUGUGAUGCGUCCUGGAUCUCGGCGAGGGCAAAGACAUUUCGGCAGAAUGCUCAGGUUGUUUGUGGCAUUGGUUAUUGUUGGGCUAUUGCUCUCGUUGUUCACUUCUUGGGUACUUGACAUAUAUGACACCUCUUGGCAUCCUAAACGCAAUUUACAGCAAUCCGGGGAUGAAAGCAUGAAGAGGAAGAGCGGGCCGCCGUAUCCCGGUGUGCAGCUGGAGAAUAUGUUUUGGUUUGUGCAGGUAUCUGACAUCCAUAUCAGUCGUUUUCAUGAUCCGAGAAGGAUUCCCGAAUUUGAACGGUUCUGUAGUGACACUAUUGAUGUGAUUAAACCUGAUCUUGUGCUGGCCACAGGGGACUUGACAGACGCAAAGACGGAGAGUAAAAUAGGCUCUCUUCAGCAUGAAGUGGAGUGGCAGGCAUAUCACAACGUCCUGAAAAGAUCACGAGUGUUGGAACGCACUAAAUGGAUUGACAUUCGAGGAAACCAUGAUGCCUUUAAUAUUAUAUCACUGGAGAGCGUGAACAAUUAUUACAGAAAAUACUCAGCCAAUCAGAAAGUUGGAUCAUUCCACUACAUACACAGAAAGCCCUUUGGAAACUACUCAUUUAUUUGUGCCGACGCCACUUUGACACCGGGACCCAAACGGCCCUAUAACUUCUUUGGUAUGCUAAGCCAGAGUGAGAUGGAUUUAUUGGCGACCUUUAGAGAGGAGAGCCUGAGCAGUAACAAAACUAUCUGGUUUGGACAUUACACCACAUCUACUGUCCUCUCCCCUUUCCCAGGAGUCAGGGAGCUCAUGAGUACAGGUGUGGCAUAUCUGUGUGGGCACCUACAUACACUAGGAGGCUUCAUGCCCAUACUGCACAGUCGACAUAGAGGAGGCACACUGGAGUUAGAGCUGGGAGACUGGAUGUCUAACCGCAGGUACAGGAUAUUGGCUUUUGAUCAUGACCUUCUUAGUUUUUCCGACUUGAAGUUUGAGGACUGGCCAGCUGUGCUCAUCACUAAUCCCAAAGACGCGCAGUACCUGCAUCCAGGGGUGGAACCUAUUGAUCGUAUCCGCAGUUCCACACACAUCAGGGUUCUGGCCUUUUCAGAAUCUCAGAUCACAUACGUGUAUGUGAGUGUGGAUGGAGAUACGCUGGGAAAAGCUGUCAGGGCGGAGGGACCAUUGUAUGUACUGCCAUGGGACCCAUCACUCUACUCUACGGGACUGCACACCAUCAGUGUUAAAGUGGAGGAUUCAGCUGGUCGCUCAAAAAUAAGUGAGCAGCAGUUCACCCUGGAAGAAGAUCUAACCCCCAGCUUCGGAUUAAUACAGUCCUUCAUUCUCCUUACAGACCACUACAUACUUGCACGGAUUGCAUUUGUGGCAAUAGUGUUACUAAACCUAGGUGGGCUUGUAAUCUUCAGGUUUAUGCAUGUGUCUUCUACAAGAGGGUGGUCUUCUCAAGUAUUGACGUCCUUGCAUCUUGUCAGUAAAAUCAACAUCUUCUACUAUUCUCUACUGCUGUUCAAUCUUUGCACAGCGUUGGGGCCAUGGUUCAUUGGGGAAGUAAUUGAUGGACACAAGGGGGCCUGCUUUGUUUUUGGUGUGUUUGUGGACGGACAUUUUCUUGAAGGCAGUUUGAGUUAUGUUGUAGGAGUUACUCAGGUCCUCUUCUUCAACAUGCCUCUCACAUAUUACCUCUGUUGGAGUCUUCAUCACAGGUGUCGAGGAACCAACUUCCGCUCGCACUUCUGCCGGCCGGGUUGCCGCCUGCGGACUCUGGCGGUGCACCUGGGCAUGCUGGUGCUCUUGAUCUGGCAGGCGUAUUCUUGCUUCUUUCUGUUGGAGACCUAUGGGCUGCUGGCUUUUUUCCUGUCUCCAGUGCGUACCUGGGCUCUUCUCAUGGCCCUGCUGUUGGUGUACAGGGUCUGGUGGGGACCGCAGCCUCAUUUCUCUGAUGUUAGCAGACCGUUGUGACAUUGAUGUUCUCAGUUGUGGUUCUCAGUCUGUAUAUUUUAAUUUGACAGACUUUGUUUUAUGCCAAGUUCUUCCCUCCUCUUGCCUUUUCUAAUCAGUAACUGAAUUGCCAAUCACUUCCAUUAGAUUGCCCUAGUUACUAUUCAGCUCUUUUAAAUGAGGCCAUUAUUACAUUUGGCGGAUGGGGCCCUAUUAAACCUGAUUCUCGUCCUUCAUGCACACUAAGACACAUUUGUAGAGUUAAAGUGAUGGUUCAACCAAAAAUUUAAAUUCUGUCAUUAUUUACUCACCAUUUUGUAAUUUCAGCCCUGUAUGACAUUCUUCUGAAGAACACAAAAGAAGAUAUAUUAAAGAAUUUUGUUAACUUGCCCCCUUUCACUUGCAUUGGUUUCUGUCCAUACAAUAGAAGUGAAUGGGUGUUGGUGCUGUUCGGUAACUGACUUUCUUCAAAAUAUCUUCUUUUUUUCUGAGGAAGAAAGAAAGUGAUACAGGUUUGCAAUGACGAGGAUGAGUAAAUGACGACAGAAUUUCCAUUUUUGACUGAACUAUCACUUUAAAGGAACAGUUUACUCCAAAAGAUGAACUUAAUUGGACCUCAUUUCACUCCAAACCUGGAUGAUUUAUUCUCCUCUGUAUGACACGAAAGAAGAUGUUUAGGUGAAAGUUUGUGCACCCAUAUUAAAUAUAUGUGCAUCAUAAUUAAUUUCAAAACCUAAAACUUUUCAUACAAAAAAAGAGAAUCAUACAGGUUUGGAAUUAGACGAAGGCAUGUCAAUUUGUUUUUAAUAUAUAUUUAUAUAUUAUAUAUGUAUUUAAUAUAGAGAUUUGCCAGUCUUUGUGCAUACAUAUUACUUUGAUGAACUAAUAAUGACUUGUCAAAUCAUAGUUUUAAUUUGUUAAAGGCAAUCAAGACGUGAAAAAGACUGCCUACAUUUCUUAUUGAUAAUUUUUUAUGCAUGAAACUGCCACCACUGUACAUCACUGCAUAGGAGAGAUACUAUGAAUUGGUCAUGAUUGCAAAAAAAUCCCACAUUUUGUGAGGGAUGACACUAAACUACUCUUCUUAUUACACGGCUGUAUACCAAAUACACAUAAAAUAAUGUUUUGAGAUGAUAAAAGAUUUUAUUUUGUGACAAGAAAGACAUUAGAGUGAUAUAAAAAAAUUUACCUGCGUGGACAACUGUGCAGUCACAAUUAUUUGACUGCAGAAUCUGGCGAUUGACCAAUCAGAAUCAAGUAUUCCAGACAGCCGUGCAAUAAGUCCAUCAUAUGGAAUAUCAAGUUGGCCAUUUCCAGCUGGAUCACAGCAUUGUCUUACAAUAUGAUAAUUUUGAACUACACUUCGCACUAAAACCAAUUCUACAACUCAUCAAAAGGAAGAAACCACUAUACUUAUAGAUGAAUAUGAAUGUAGAAAAAUUGUUGUUGCACUACGGUUGCAUAACAAUUAUUGUUGCAUAGUCACUGGAAGGGGGAUCACUGCUGUCAUCUAUGUUGUCAUUCACAUAAAGAAAGACACCUAAAUUAAUAUAAAAAUUAGAGCCAAAAUUCUGAUGUAGAAUGUAGAAUAAAAUAGAACAACACAUUGACAUAGUAUUGCAAUUAUGAGUUUAACAUUGUUCGACAGCUCUUUCUGUGCACAGUUGCGAACCACACAAACAGCCUAAGGACAAUGGCCACUUACAGGGGGAAAAUCAGCUAUUUUGAAAAGAAACUGUAUUGUCAUUGAAGUCUUUCAUUGCGCCCAUAAUCGACUUAACGGGUAACAGAAAGAGUUUCUGGUGUAUUCCCUGAUGUUUAUUGAUGUUUUGUCAGGUCACUCAGUGUCUCUGUUGUCUCAGGAAAGUAAACACUUAAACAAUAGGCUGCUUUAGUUUGACUUGAAUGUUGUUUUAGAAGACUUGAAGUUUUAAGGCUCAUGAAAGUGACAGUAAACUUGUGAAUAGUCCACAUUUACUCAAUGUUAAUCUAGAUUUGUGGUGAUACAAUGGAACUUUUUUAAUGUUUGAUACCUGAUUUUUUGUGAUUUUGAUUUUAUUAUUUGUUUUUGGAAUUAAUUUUUUAUGUACUCAAUUAUAUUUGUAUGUAGUGCUCAUUGCUUCCAGUUGUUCUGCAUUGUUUAACAGGCAUUCUCUGUUCCUGUGAUCAUGUGGCUUUAAUUUUUUUGUGAAAGGCACCGAACACAGUUUUUCCCAGAUUUUACAGUAAAAACUGUUAUUCCAUCUAAAUAAGUAUAAGAAAUUCUGUAUUGAACAUGUGACGUUUUCCCUUAGAUGAAAGAAUGACCUCAUUUUAUAUAUUUUUCAUCACGUUGCAUUAGUCUAUCUGCCUGCGUUCACGUGUAAGAGAGUAAAGGGGUUUCAUAUUGUGA